AUGGACGGCGACGCAUGGUGGUACGGCGGCGCCGGCGGUGGCGGGGUUGGUGGUGGUAACAACUGGGAUCUUGACGCCAUUGUGAGGUUUGGCUGCGGCGGCGGGCACGUGACGGUGCCGCCGCCGGAGUGCGAGUACGACGACCCGUUCUCGUCGCUCCUCGUGCCGCCGAUGACGCAUCAGGUGAUGCCCGUGUGGGGCGACGACGACGACGUCGCGGCGUGGAUGGCGCCGCUCCCUGGUCUGCAGACCGGAGGCUGGGAUGGGGCUGACCAUGUGGUCGUCGACGACCUCUCCGGCGCCUUGUUUGGCGUGUCGGUGCAGGCGCCGAAGCUGCCAGCUCCUCCUCAGGUGGCGGCCGCUGAGGUGACGCCGCCCAACCUGGUGCCGGCGGCCGCCGACGCGGCCCCCGUGGAGAAGAUCACGCGGCCGGCCAUAAAACAGCAGGCUUCUGGCGAUGGCGCCGGCGCCGGCGGAUCAAGGUCGGCCAGGAGAAAGAAGAAGCAGCAGGCGAAGGAGGUGGUGCGCGUGCCGGCGAACGGGCCGCCGCCGGACUCGUGGGCGUGGCGCAAGUACGGACAGAAGCCGAUCAAGGGGUCGCCGUACCCGCGCGGAUACUACCGGUGCAGCAGCAACAAGAACUGCGGCGCGCGGAAGCAGGUGGAGCGCUGCCGCGUCGACCCGUCCUUCCUCGUCCUCACCUACACCGGCGCGCACUCCGGCCACGACGUCCCCCUCCACCGCAACUCCCUCGCCGGCACCACGCGCCACAAGCUGGUCCUGCCGUCAAACUCCUGCAAGCCAGAACAAGGCGCUGGCGCCGGCGCCGCCGAAGCCGGGACGACGGACAAGAACGCUCUGGCCACUUCAUCCGAGGCGGCGAGCAGCAGCCACAGCCACAGCCCCGCGCAGUCCACCUCGCCCGGCCUGUCUCCGACAACGCCGCUGCUCACCUCGUCCAUGGAGAUGCACGGCGAGGAGGAGGACUGCGACGACGUCGACGGCGCCGCCGGCCUGCAAGCGGAGGACGUCGACAUGACCAUCGUCGAUGACGACGACGCCGCCGACGACACCAUCCACCACGUGCCGUGGGGCACGCCCAUCUCCGACGCCAUCAUCGCGGCAAGCUACGAGUGGAGAUGACCACCUCUCCACCUCGCCGUACAUUGCCAUACAUAGCAAGCCGUCAAGAGAGAGAAAGAGUGGAAGGGAGCAUCUGAUCCAUGCAGCUAGUAUAUCUCCAACACCAGUAGUGUUUAAUUAGUUGAUUAAUUACCCUCUAGUGUGUAAUUAAAGUAGUAUUCAAUUAAUUAGCUAGUGAGUGUUGGUCACUUGGCCUAGAUGUGAUAAUCCUAUAUAGUAAUUAUGUAUACAUUUUCUCAUAUAGCUUCAGCAGUUUGUCCUUUCUUGGACAUAGAUGUUUUCCAUGUCCACCUUUUCUUGCAGAUUCUUCCUUUUGUGCAACAAUUUUUUUGCAUACAUAUAUGUAGCAUAUACAUAUG